AUGGACCCAGACAAUCAAGAUGCUUUCAAUAGUAUUGAGAAUUCCAUUUAUAGAACAGCCUUCAAAUUACGAUCUGUGCAAACCACAUGUCAACAUCUGAUUGAAUGCUAUGGUUUUCUUUUCUGCACAGGAACCGGCUUUCUCAAGCUUACACCUGCAGCCGCUGCCCUGAUUGCCCUCUCAGGGGACAGCCCUCUUACAAAAUACAGAGCUCUUUUUCAGCUCUAUGCAGAAAAUAAAAGGGGAGGUUAUGAUGCCGGGGCACGUAUGACCCGAAGGACUUUGAGAAACCUACUAACAGAUCUACAGCAGAUCCCAACUGUCGUGGGUGAGAGCCGCUCUCUGUGCUCGGUGGAAAGUGCGACUCGCAGCUGCUUCCAGGGGGUGCUGAGUCCAGCAAUCAAAGAGGAGAAAUUCCUCUCUUGGUUGCAGUCUGAGCCGCCCAUCCUCCUGUGGCUCCCGACCUGCUACCGAUUGUCAGCCACUGAGAUGGCCACGCAUCCUGCUCGGUGUGGAAUCUGCAGGAACUUCCCAAUCACAGGACUGAGAUAUCGCUGCCUGAAGUGCCUCAACUUUGACAUCUGCCAGAUGUGUUUCUUAUCCGGUCUCCACAGCAAGUCCCACCAGACGUCUCAUCCUGUGGUUGAGCACUGUGUCCAGAAUGCCAGCCUAUUCUCCAGGGAGUCAGCCCAAAGCACACUGCCGCACCCCUGGUACAAGAUCACCACCACAUCACCCGAUCACCACCAAAGGUUCCUUAAAAAACAGUUAAACCGAUACAAAGACAAGUUGCAAGCCAUAUACACCUCCCAAGAAGAAAAAUGUUGCAGAUUUGAAACAAAGAUUCACGAACUCACAGCCAACCAGGACAGCCUGUGGACCAAGCUACAGCAAAUGGGACAGGAUUUACAGGCAAAGUUUCAGCCACUCCAUCCAUCUUCCUAUCAAGAUAUGAUUUCCAAGAGUGACCAUGAAAAGGAUAAAAGUCUUUGGAAGGAAGAAGAUUCUUCCCAGAGCAAGAAUGCCAGUGUGGAUGGUCCGGAAUGGAAACCUUUUCUUAACCCCACUUUGGUUGACAAAAGUCAACAAAGUCAAGUAAAAGUAGAGCAUGCUCUACCAAAUUCAGAAUCACCAGAGGCCAUUUUGCAGCCAAAGUCAACACAAAGCACCAGGGCACAAAGCCAAGCACAAAAGACCUCCAAGGAAAUCUUUAGCUCCCCAACCAGUCCCCAGGAAGGACUGCUACAGGACACCUCCCAGAAUGCUCCUACGGAAAUCAACAGUCCUACUCCACCACCCAGGGAAAGGAAAGAGACAGUUAACAUCCAGGAGGAAAAGGAUGAGCUGGAAGAAGAGGAACUGCAAGAACUGCUAUCAAAACUUACGGAUGCCUUCACUCUAGAAAUGCCAUCAGAUCCUCAGCCUUCCGUAAACACGGACCUGUAUCGUGGAGCUGAGCGGGUGAGCAGGGCCUUCUCUGCCCUUGUUGAUCAAAUCACCUUGCCCAACUGGAAGUGCAAAGGAGUCCGGUCUUAA